CAGUCUUCAUCUGGAAGAGCUGCAACUGCCCAGGGGGAGGGGACAUUCCACCACUGGACCAACGCACUGCCUCACUGACCACAGCUUCUCCGCCGCUGUCACAUCCUCGUACCCACGUCAGGUCACCCCCUUAUCCUAAAGGCCAAAAAUGGAAACUGUCCAGGAGCUGGUCCCCUUGGCCAAGGAAAUGAUGGCCCAGAAACCAAAUGGGAAGAUGAUGAAGCUAUACGUGCUGGGCAGUGUGGUGGCCUUUUUCGGAGUCGUGAUUGGCCUGGUGGAGACAGUAUGCAGUCCCUUCUGUGCAAACAGAUGUCUUCAGGAGGACGAGGCAGCUGUGGCAGCUGUGCAAGCUGCCAGGCUCCGGGAGUCCAGGAGAAGGGAAGCAUUGCUGGAGAAAAGCAAGCAACAAGAAGCCCUGGGAGGUCGGAGCCUCUCCCAUCGCCAACACGCCUCCUAAAAACAGUGCGCAGAAUGGAGAGAAGCGAGCUGCCCCAAGAAUGGGAGAGAGGGCCACUGAGAGGCAGAGAGUCCCAGCUGAUGGCACAGGAGGUUCUGCACUUCGAUUUGGGAAGCUUCCGAUUUCUGAGAAAGGAAUCCAGGACUAGACUGUGGCUGAGACUAAAAGCACCAGGGGUUCUACAUAAAUGUCAGGGGUAGGUUUUGCUGCUGUGCAGCAGUAGAGAGGGCUGAUCUGUCCUAAUAACCAUAUAUAUUAUAUACCUUUGUGGUAUCUGAGUGCAUGGAACACUCUGCACUCUGGAGAAAGGGUGGGGACAUGCUUUUAUAUUAUCAUUAAUAUUAUUACGAUUAUCACUUUUGCAUUUUGAAAUAAAAUAAUUUUAUAAUA